AUGACAUUCGAAUGCUCCGUCUGCGGAAAGGAGUAUCAGAGGAACACCCACCUCCGGCGUCAUGAGUCUACCCAUGCCGAGAAUGGCCGCUUCAGCUGCCCGUACUGUACCAAGGCUUUUGCUCGUCGCGACGUGUGCCGGAAGCAUGCCACCUCUUGCCUGACCAAGGGCAACAAUCGCGGUCGCCCUUCUCAUGAAGUUCAGACCAUCAAGCGUGGUCAAAAGCCUCGCGCCUGUGAUGCAUGCGCGCACAGCAAGUUGGCGUGCGACCUCGCCGAGCCAUGCGGCCGUUGCGUGUCUCGCCACUCCAUCUGCUCCUACAACAAGGUGCAGCGGGACCCCUCGAAUGCCUCAGGGAUGGACCCUUUGAGGAUUCGCAAACCAUAUACCCGUGACGCCCGGGCUCGACUGUCCAUACCCUUCUUGCUCAGCAUGACAGAUCCAAAAGCCGAAACCAUGAUCAAGUCUUUCUUCUGUGAGCCCAUGAGAGAGGCCGAAAUAGGAGGCACAGAGUUUGACCCGGAGCGAGAAUUCUUCCCGUGGAACAUUACCGACAUUCUCAUGGGCGAUGUCGAAGAUGAGCUCGACAUGUACGACUUAUUCAACCAGGUGCCCGACAUUGAUCACUCAUCGCCGGCGCUCGAUGCGCGAUUGGCCUUCAUUGUUGCCGAGCUCGGCGCUGUCCACGCUCGACUCUCAGCGAUGGAUGCUUCGUACAGCGAGACGUUCAGCAUCGACUCUGCGAAGCAGGUUUUCACCGCUCGCAACGCCAAGCUUUUCGUUUCGACCUUUUUCCGAUACACGCAGCCCGACUUCCCGCGUCUCGCGAGGUCGUGGCUCUCGAGCCGCGCCAGAAAUUGCCAUCGAAAACGUGUGAUCGAGGUGCUUCUCGCCGCCCUCAACAUACAUAGCAUGCGCGCCCUCGUCAAUGACAAGAAGGUGCGCCGCAGAACACGCACAGAGAACCUGCCGGUCAUUGUGGCGACCAUCCGGUCGCUUGGCUUGCUGCAGAUGAAGCACGACAAUCUUCCCGAGGACACCCCGUGGGACGAUUUCAUUCGCAUAGAAACUUGUAUUCGGCUGGCCGCCUGGGCCGCUUUGAUUGACUGGUCGCAGUGCGGGACGUUCAACUCGCCGCCCAUCAUAGCGAGCGCCGAGAUGACGGGCGACUUUCCCUGCUCCGAAGAACUGUGGAGUGCUGCGGACGCUACGGAGUUUAGGCUCAUGGCUUCAAGGGAGGCCGAGGCAUCGCGGUCACGCACAUCUCUCAGUCAUUGUUUGGCCGUCCUCAUGCAGGACGGCUGGCUCGGCGCCAGCCACUUUCCGUUGGAGCCAGUCACUCUGAUGAAUCUUUACUUUCUUAUCGGUGGACUAAGUGCAUCUAUUGUCUCGGCGCGCCUCAUGUCCACUCUUUCCGCAAGUGCUCCUGUCAUCCUGUCCGCUAUAGAGCGGUGGCAGGAGCUUUGGGAUCGUGAGACGACGCGAUUGGGGCCUGAAAAGGUGCGCGCGAGUGGUCUGUUCCGGCAUUCGGGCGGGGUCGCAUGGCUCGUCCGGCGAUCCGUCGAGGUGUCGAUCGGAAACGGAAAGCAGUGCGCUUACACCAAAGGUGUCGACCACGACAGCUUGAAAGAGCUGCACGAUUUCCUUCAAAUGUGUCGAGAUACCUGA